AGGGCACGGACACUGCAGAAAUGGAAAAGAAGGUGGGAUUUGCAGUCCCUGAGGACCCGGGCUCUGCGUUUGAGAGCAUGGGGAGCAGUGUGCUCUCCUGGAUCUCCCAGGGCCUGGAGAAGGUGAUUCCCCAGCCAGUCCCAGCCCUUGCCCAGGCCCCGGGGAUGCUGCAGACGCUCGGGAAGAGCUUUGAGACAAGCAUUGACGUUCCUGAUCAGACAGAGGUCCAGGAGAUCAAGGAAGAGGAAGAGGAGGAGGAAGAGGAUGUUCUGGAGAUAACCCCCUUUGAUCCAGAGGAGGAUGAAUUGGACAACUGUGAGUCUGAGGUUGGCACAGAUCAGGACACGGAGGAGUGGACCGGAGCGCAGGUGCUGGGCUGGCUGCUGCAGGGCUUCCAGAGGAUGCUGCCACAGCCAGAGCCACUGAAAAAGCUGGAGCCUGAGCCAGAGGAGGAGAAUUGUGAAGCCACUGUGGAUGGCACAACAGGGACUAAAACCCAGGGAAAGGCAAAAACCAGCAUUUCAGCUGCCAAGAGCAUCCCAGGAACAGUGAAGCCAACAGCAGCUGAGGAGCAGCUGGAGCCAGUGGUCCCUCAGUCCCUGGCUGGGGAUGGCAGCAGGGUGUUUGCCUGGUUGGUCCAGGGGCUGGAGAAAGUGAUGCCACAGCCGGUGAGCAGGGAGAAGCAGGACACACAGGGAGGGGCUGCAUCAACCUCAAGCCCCGUGGAAGAAAGUAAGUGGCUGCUCCAUCGUGGUGUGCUGGUGGCUUCCCAAGUUCAUAUUGUCCUUGGAGAACCUGAGGAGACUGACCUCAUCCUGGAAGACCUCGAUGAUGAAUGGGUUAAUGAAGCCACGUGUGAGAUGGUGGCCUGGGGUCGAGAGGCUGAGCUGGUGGCAGAUGCUCAUCCUCUUCCCCCCAUCCAGGAGGAGCCUCAGGAAGAAGAAAACAGGCUGUGCUUGUGCUCCCUGAGCGCCGGCGAGGAGGAGAAGGAGGAAAGGGAGGAGGAGAGGGAGGAAGAGGAGGAGAAGGCGGAGGAGAACGCGCGUCCUCCCCUUGACGUGAUGCCCCCCACUGAUGUGAUGCCCCCCAUUGAUGCGAUGCCCCCUUGUUGGUGUGAUCCCCCCUUGCUGUGUUGUCCCCAUCUGCAAUGUGUCCAACCUCAGUGGGUGAAAGCGAGCAGGUAUCCCUGCCUGAUCUGUGUCUGCAGGGCCUGGAUCCAGCCCUGUCUCUCUGCUGCUGAGACUGGGGAUGAGGUCUACUUUGCAGAGGAGGCCCUCAGGUUUGAGCAGCUGGAAGAAGCUGAGAUAAGUGACCUUGAAGGUGCUUUUGUCCAGGUGGAAGAAGAGACAGCAGAAGCUGCUGAAACCGACACUGAAGGUAGAACAUGCAGCACAUCAGGGCUUUUCCCACUGUUCCCACGGAAAACUGGUUUAAAGCAUCCCAUGGGAAGAGCACCUAGUAGCAUGGCCAAGCCUGCCUGGGACAUCGAGCUAGACCAGCUGGUGCACGAGGAGCCGCCGGACGGCGGGACCACCUCCCCUUCAGGCUGCGGCACGUUAGAGCAGCUGCCCCAUGUCCCCAGCUACCAAGCCACCGCUGCCUCCCAUCCUCCUGGCCCUCAUGCCAGCCAGCCUCGGGCAGGAGUUGUCAAUCCCAGUUUUUGCACUGAGGAGCAAUCCCCCCUAGGUCACUACCCCACGGUGAAUAUCAAGGAUGUGGACAGCCAUGCAGUGGAGAGCAACGGGGCCCACCUACCAAUGCCCACCGCUGGUGCUCCUGCCAUGCUGGCUGUGCCCAGCCUGGUGCCAGCAUCCCCCAGGAGGAAGCUGCUGGCCCCGGCUGAUGUUCUGGAGGAGGGAGUGGCAAGCCAAGACCCCCCCCGAGCACUGCAGGGCUGGGACGGGGAGCAGAAGGAAAGCCUGCCUGAGCGCGUUGGGUCAGCCACGAGCCAGAGCAGCACCAUCAUCAACAUCCGGCUCCAGGAGCUGGUGAAGCUCUUCAGAGAGAGGACCGAGAAGGUGAAGGAGAAGCUGACGGACCCUGAUAUCACCUCAGAUGAUGAGAGCCCCACAGCAUCCCCUGCCAAGCAGGCGCCUGUGACAGCGCCGGUGCCUGCGCAGGGAGGGGCGCCAGAGAAGCCAGUGGAGCAGGAGCACUACUGCCAGAUGUUGUGCUGCUCGUUCAAGCACCGGCCCUGGCUGGACCGCCUGAAAAACUACCAGUUCCCCAGCAGCAUUGACCCCCUCACCAACCUGAUGUACGUGCUGUGGCUCUUCUUUGUUGUCGUGGCCUGGAACUGGAACUGCUGGUUGAUCCCUGUCCGCUGGGCCUUCCCCUACCAGACACCAACAAACAUCUACUUCUGGCUGCUCAUGGACUACAUCUGUGACCUCAUCUACCUGCUGGACAUCCUCGUCUUUCAGACGCGGCUGCAGUUUGUCCAGGGGGGAGAUGUAAUAUCUGAUAAAAAGGCCAUGAAAGAGAAUUACCUGCGGUCACAACGCUUUAAGAUGGAUGUGCUGUGCCUCCUGCCUCUGGAUUUCUUCUACUUCAAAGUGGGUGUCAACCCCCUCCUGCGCUUUCCUCGCUGUCUGAAGUACAUGGCCUUCUUCGAGUUCAACAGCCGCCUGGAGGCCAUCCUGAGCAAGGCUUAUGUCUACAGGGUGAUUCGCACCACUGCCUACUUGCUGUACAGCCUGCAUGUGAACUCCUGCCUCUACUACUGGGCAUCAGCCUAUGAAGGACUGGGCUCUACCACCUGGGUCUACGAUGGGGAAGGAAACAGCUACAUCCGCUGCUACUACUGGGCAGUCAAAACCCUUAUCACCAUUGGGGGCCUGCCGGACCCCAAGACACUGUUUGAAAUCAUCUUCCAGCUGCUGAACUACUUCACGGGUGUCUUUGCGUUCUCCGUCAUGAUAGGGCAGAUGAGAGAUGUGGUGGGUGCUGCGACUGCAGGGCAAACAUACUACAGGAGCUGCAUGGACAGUACCAUUAAAUACAUGAACUUCUACAGAAUCCCCAAAACCGUUCAGAACCGGGUGAAAACGUGGUACGAGUACACGUGGCACUCGCAAGGCAUGCUAGAUGAGUCGGAGCUGCUGGUGCAGCUGCCAGACAAAAUGAGACUGGACAUCGCCAUUGAGGUGAACUACAACAUUGUGAGCAAAGUGGCCCUCUUCCAGGGCUGUGACCGGCAGAUGAUCUUUGACAUGCUGAAGCGGCUCAAAUCAGUGGUCUACCUGCCUAAUGACUAUGUGUGUAAGAAGGGAGAAAUUGGUCGUGAGAUGUACAUCAUCCAGGCAGGACAAGUGCAGGUGCUGGGAGGACCCGACAGCACAACCGUGCUCGUGACCCUGAAACCUGGAUCCGUGUUUGGAGAAAUAAGCUUGCUGGCAGCAGGAGGGGGGAAUCGCCGCACAGCCAAUGUCAUCGCUCACGGCUUCGCCAACCUCUUCAUUUUGGAUAAGAAGGACCUGAAUGAGAUUUUGGUGCAUUAUCCAGAGUCUCAGAAGCUGCUGCGUAAAAAGGCCAAGAAAAUGCUGAAAACCACCAAUAAACCCAAAGAGGAGAAGGCAGCACCCGGAGAUGUGCUGAUCAUCCCCCCAAAACCUGACACCCCGAAGCUCUUCCAGGCUGCCCUGGCUGCCACGGGGAGGAUGGGGGGCAGAAGACCUCUGGCCCAGCUCCGCUGGAGGCUGAAGGAGCUGAAGGCAAUGCAGGUGGCACAGGAUUCCAGCUCCAGUCCAAUCCCACCACAAUCACCAGUGCACCGGAGAUCACCUGUCGCCUGCCAAAAAGCACCCGCCCCCUUGGGAGAAGAACUAUUCUCAAAAUCAUCAGAUAAUUUAGUCACCAUUCGUGUGAUUCCUACAGCAGGAGAGAAGGAGGAAGUCCUUGCUGCUGAGAUCUCAGAGGUAGAAGAAGCAAAAGAAGAGAUAUGAAAACCAAGCAGGUUCUGGGGCAGGAGUAGGAGAGUACCUGGCGUAGAAGCUUUUUCUCAUUAACAAUUUCCAAGCAGGCCUGUGGGGCUGUGCUCUGUCCUGCGGGUGGGAUCUGCCCCUCUUUGCUGCCUAGACCUUCACCCACUGCUGAUAAAACCCUCUGCUGCAUGACCCAGACCACGCAAGGUUUCCACACUCUGAAGAUCUAUUUAUAGGGAGCAUUAAUAAUUCAUUAAUAUUCCCAGUAAAUCUCAGGCCAGGUCUCUUGCUUCCAAAUGCAGCCAGCCAGAGCAGGAAGCCUGAAGAAAUUACUUUUUAUGGCUCUGGGGCAUUACUGAGUUUUCAGAUAAAGCAUGAAGAGUUAUUCACCUCUGACAGCUGAAUCACCUCUUGGCCUGAAAAAAAAAGGGAAAAAAAAACAAGGUUUCUCUGUCGGACUCAAGGUUGUUGGCAGCUGGAGAGUGAUUCAUGGAGAAAGGAUGUGGACUAUGCUCACAAGCUGAGCACGGACCAGAUCACACUGUCCUGAGAAGGCUGAGGUCCAUCCUGGUGUGCAUGGACUGCAAGAUGCUUGAAGGUCCCUGCGUGGUGCCAAGACCACCUUGGGUUGGCUGCUGGGAAGAGGAGUUCCUGCCAGCUGGCCACUCCAGGGAUGUGGUGGGCUCUCCAUCGCUGGUGAUGCUAUGGAGAGAUUUGCUGAGCAUCUUUCAUGGAUGGAGAAGCACAAUCCUGGAAGAGAUGUUCCUGGAGAUCACUUCCAGCUCUAGGUUUCCAUGGGUGCACCAGCCUGGUGCUGCCAGAGGAGUAAACCAAGUGCAGGAUGGGAGAAGCUGUGUUGGUUUCCAGCUGGGAUGAGAAAGAGAAGUGCAGUGAGUGCUCUCCUCUCCCAGCCAGCAUCCAGGGUCAGGCCAGAGCCUGGAGCACCCAAACAAGUGUUCAUUGCUGCACCUCAGUGAUCUGCCACAUUUCCAGCAGCCAAUUCCCAGCCCCUUGCAGUCACUUUGUGUGUUCCUGGCCACGUUUCCCAUGGAGAAGCUACUUUGGUGUUGCUCAUUGCUGCAACAAGGCACUUGUGCAGGUGGUCUCCAGCCAUGCAGGGACCGGGUGCUGGGUGGGAAGGUGAGCACCCAGUUAGCACCCAGCACACCCAGCUGAUGGCUUGAGGUCUCCAGUCUUCCAGUCCACCUGGUCUAGUGGGAGGUGUCCCUGCCUCUGCAGGCGGUUGGGAUGGGAUGAUCUUUAAGGUCCUGUCCAACCCAAACCAGUCUGGGAUGCCAUGAGUCCUCAAACCCAUUGCCAACCAGAGCGAGCUGCUGGUGAGCCGAGGGGUGGCCAGAGGUGCCAGGGGAGACCAUGUGGGCCUUUCCCAGGGUCUCAGCUGGCCAGGUCUCCCUGGCACCACCAAGAGGAGCCACAGAGGAAAAGCUGGGAGAGGUUCUGCCACAAGGAGCAGCCCCUGCACCAGUGCCGAGGGACUUUCUGGGUGUUCAGCAGAAGCUGUGAGCAGCACUGUGGGUUUCAUGGGGCCAGCACCCAGACAUGGGUGAUCCCUCUUCCCACCAGCAGCCUGAGGCUGAUCCCCACGCCCCCCCACUCCCAGGGCCUUUUGUUGGCUUGCAUGUUUUCCCCUCUUUUGCAAAAUAGGUGGAUUUCUGUGGCAAAAAAAACAGAGUGUGUGUUCAUAUUAAUUAAUGAUGGCUUGACUUCUUCUAAACAAAUGUCAUGAGCUCCAAUAUAUCACAGGAGGCUCUGAAGGCACCACUGCCCUUUACACUGCAGGGGAAAACCUGGACUCUUCCCCAAACCACCCUAAAUAUUUCUUGUCGUCAGUCAUUCCAAGUGGUUCUGGGCUGGGCAGAAGGUUUUCAGUGGGAAGCACAAGGUAUUUUUUUUUUCACUCUAUAAAUAUUUAUACAAUCAAACCAGGAAAUGUGCAGAAGUCAAACUGGGGCUCUGAUUUGCUGCUGCAAUGUGAUAUGGUUUAGAAAAAGCCUUUAAAUAAAUAGUGGGCUGUAAUGGCUUUCAUGAUUCCCUGUAGCUACAAUAA